CACUGGGUUUUGGAUGGAUAGUUAGUAGCAGCCCUCUCUUUGGUUCUUAGUCUUCUUUCAUUGAAACGUCAACGUCUUCUCUGUUAUCUUAAAACACAACAACGAAGGGUUUCUGUCUCUGUGAUUGAAACUGUAUCUCUUAAACUCUUCUUCUCCCUCUGUUUAUAGAGCUGCUCAGGAGGAGGAGGUCACGUCGGAGAAACACAACUCCUCAUUCUGAUUGAACCGCAGCAACAAUGGAUCCAACUCGAGCUUUUGUCAAAGACGUUAAGCGCGUUGUUGUCAAGGUUGGAACGGCUGUUGUUACACGAGCUGAUGGAAGAUUAGCAUUAGGUAGACUUGGAGCACUUUGCGAACAGCUUAAAGACUUGAAUACUCGAGGAUUCGAGGUAAUAUUAGUAACUUCAGGUGCUGUUGGUGUUGGCCGCCAAAGGCUAAGAUACAGGAAACUUCUAAACAGCAGCUUUGCUGAUCUCCAAAAACCACAAGCAGAACUUGAUGGAAAGGAGUGUGCAGCUGUUGGACAAAGUGGACUGAUGUCUCUCUAUGAUGCGCUCUUUACUCAGCUAGAUGUGACUUCAUCUCAGCUCCUUGUGACUGAUCGAGAUUUUGGCGAUAUCAACUUCAGAAUGCAACUUUGUGAGACUGUCAAGUCAUUGUUAAAAUUUCACGUGAUUCCUAUUUUUAAUGAGAAUGAUGCUAUCAGUACCAGGAAGGCUCCUUACGAGGACUCUUCUGGUAUAUUUUGGGAUAAUGACAGCUUGGCAGCUCUAUUAGCUUUAGAACUAAAAGCCGACCUUCUUAUUCUGUUGAGUGAUGUAGACGGAUUAUACGAUGGCCCUCCUAGUGAGCCACAAUCAAAGUUAAUCCGUACUUACAUAAAAGAAAAGCAUCAAGGAGAAGUUACAUUUGGUGACAAAUCCAGGGUAGGUAGAGGAGGUAUGACAGCUAAAGUAAAAGCGGCUGUAUAUGCAGCUUCUGCGGGCGUACCUGUCAUUAUUACCAGUGGUUAUGCUACUGACAACAUCAUAAAAGUUGUCCAAGGAGAGCACAUAGGCACCCUUUUUCACAAGGAUGCACAUUUAUGGGCCCCCGUUAAAGAAGUUGAUUCACGAGAUAUGGCAGUUGCAGCAAGGGAGUGUUCUAGACGACUUCAGGCCCUUCCUUCAGAAGAUCGAAAGAAAAUUCUGUUGCAAGUAGCUGAUGCCUUGGAAGCAAAUGAAAGCUUGAUCCAAGAAGAAAAUGAUGCUGAUGUUGCUGCAGCAAAGAAGGCUGGAUAUGACAAGGCACUCAUAUCUCGCUUGGCUCUAAAGCCUGGGAAGAUUUCAAGUCUGGCUAAAUCUGUUCGCGUACUAGCAGACAUGGAAGAACCAAUUGGUCGGGUUUUGGCAAGAACUGAGGUUGCAGACGGUCUUAUCUUGGAGAAGACAUCUUCCCCAUUGGGUGUUCUUCUGAUUGUGUUCGAGUCUCGACCUGAUGCACUAGUUCAGAUAGCUUCAUUAGCAAUUCGAAGUGGUAAUGGUCUUUUGCUGAAAGGAGGGAAAGAAGCUAAGCGGUCGAAUGCAGUUCUGCACAAGGUUAUCACUGAGGCUAUCCCAGAAUCUGUUGGAUCAAGGCUUAUCGGACUUGUGACUUCAAGAGAGGAAAUUCCCGAUCUCCUUAAGCUUGAUGAUGUAAUUGAUCUUGUGAUCCCAAGAGGCAGCAAUAAACUUGUUUCCCAAAUUAAAGAAUCAACGAAGAUUCCUGUUCUUGGCCAUGCUGAUGGAAUUUGUCAUGUUUAUGUUGACAAGUCGGCAAAUCUUGAUAUGGCAAAGCGUGUUGUCCUAGAUGCAAAGAUAGACUAUCCUGCAGCUUGCAAUGCUAUGGAAACACUUCUUGUGCAUAAAGAUUUGUUAACAUCUGGUAGUCUUAAUGAGCUUGUUGGAGAGCUACGUACAGCUGGUAUUACCUUAUAUGGUGGACCAAAAGUGAGUACUUCAUUGAAACUUAUGGAGACACGCACAUUUCAUCAUGAAUACAACUCCAUGGCUUGCACGAUUGAAAUUGUGGAUGACAUAUAUGCAGCCAUUGACCAUAUACAUUGUCAUGGAAGUGCACAUACCGACUGUAUUGUUACAGAAGACCGUGAAGUUGCAGAAAUAUUCCUACAUCAAGUUGACAGUGCUGCGGUCUUUCACAAUGUGAGUACAAGGUUUUGUGAUGGAGCUCGUUUUGGACUUGGUGCAGAGGUCGGAAUAAGUACAAGUCGGAUUCAUGCUCGGGGUCCUGUUGGAGUCGAGGGACUGCUAACCACACGAUGGAUUAUGAGAGGGAAUGGACAAGUGGUUGAUGGUGAUAAAGGGGUUGUGUAUACCCACAAGACUCUUCCUCUGCAAGCGUAAAUAUCUGUGAUCUGUGGAAGGUAAAAAUCAAAUAAUCACUGCGACUUCUGGCGUCCAGUAUCUUGCACAACUGGGUACUUGACAUGGCAAAUGUAAUCCUUCCAGCUCAAAGCUGGCUAGGAAAGCUUUCAUUUGAUUUCUUUGUAAUGUACAAGCAAUUCAGGCUGAUUUUCAUGUAUGCUUGGAGGAAUAACAAUGUUGCCGAGAACUAGUUUCAAGUUUUUAGUUCCUGAAUAAAAAUUUUGUUACAAUUUGUUGCAAGAAACAUUAUUCAUUUUUAGUAAUAACGCUUUAUUCUGGGCAAA